CAAACCUAUUCCCUCCUGUUGAACAUGCAGAAGGAGGAGAUGAAAACCAACCUUAUAACUCAGCCCACAACUCAGCUUCCACUUCUAAUCAAGGAGAUGUAGUCACAGCUUAGCUUGCUGCUAUGCAACAGCAGUUCGGUGUCUUUCAAUUGGUUUUGGCUCAGCUCUUAGCUUGGAAUAAUCUUGGUGAUCCCCUCAUCAAUCUACUUAACCCUACUCAACAACCCCUUGUUCAACAACAAGACCCUCAACCAGUUCAACAUGCUCCUGCUCUUAGUGAGUCUCAGGGUCAGUCUCACGUAGCCCCAGCUCAACAACCUCUACCUGAUGAUGUCACACGACGUUUGGACAGCUUAGAAAAAUUGGUAGCCGAGCAGCCAGAUGCCCCACCUCCACACCAUAACACUGAUUCCAUACCUCAUCCUUUGAACACUAAUAUUACAUUGGAACCUUAUCCCACUAGAAUUGCGGCUGUAAUUCAAGGUCUCCAACACGAGAGAUUCAGAGAUAGCUUAAUUAAGCAUCCUGUUGCCACUUUUAAUGCGGUUAAUGACAGAUCCUUGAAAUUUAUAACUGCUGAGGAAUAUGCCUUAUCACAGAAACCAGUUCUCCCUAAGAAUCAAAACCCAGAUUGGAGAAAUGAGGGUCAGAGCAAAAAUUGGAUGAAGAUAGUACAGAGCCGAGGUCCGAUGUCGACCUCCACAUCGAGAUUCGAAAAGCUGAACUCGGUACCCCCCAAUAGAUUACCAAUAAGCACUAGUUACAUGGACUCCUUUCAAUCUGCCGAGGUGAAACAUCAAAACCAAGCUGAGAAACGAAAGUUUGACGACGUUGACUGGAAGAAUCAACCCAUCACUUUCACACCUGCUGACUUCGAUACAGUUUUCACACCUCAUAAUAAUCCUUUGGUCACUUCCGUUAUGAUUAACAGUUGUGAGAGGUACGAUGGUCCCAUAUAUGGAUUCAAUAACCAACCUGUUCAGGUAGAAGGAGUCCUUACCCUUAAUGUUGCUUUUGGGAGCGGCCGAACUUAUGUUACCCCUUCAGUUCGGUUUCUAAUUGUCAAAAUGGCAUCCUCCUUCAAUGCUGUUAUCGGACGACCUACAUUAACUGAGAUCCGAGCUGUGGUCUCUCAAUCUCACAUCUGCAUGAAGUUCCUAACCUCUAUGGGGAUAGCAACACUACGAGGGGUAGAGAUAAUAGACAACCAACCUGAAGAUGAAACUAGAGCUACCCUAGUUGAGGAUGUAGAGGAAGUGCAACUUGAUGACAGAUAUCAAAACAGGACGACACAUAUUGGAACUCGACAUGACAGGGGUUCCAACCUUGGUAUCUUAGCACAAGCUCAACACCAAUCCAUUGAAGAAACCAGUAGCCCAGAAGUGGCGCCUUUUGGGGGGGAGAGGCUUAAGGUUAUAAAGGAAGAAGUAGACAAACUCCUGAAUCUGGAAGUUUAUGUCGAUGACAUUGUGGUGAAGAGUCUGAAAGUAAAAGAUCAUCUAGUUGACCUCGAUGAAACAUUCAACAACCUCAGAAAGAACAAAAUGCAGUUAAACCCAGCAAAAUGCAUCUUCGGUGUGGAGUUGGGGAAAUUUCUAGGCUUCAUGGUUUCCCAGAGGGGGAUUGAGGUUAACCCAGAAAAGAUCAAAGCAAUAAUCGAGAUGGAACCGCCGAAGUCGGAUGACUCUGGCAAACAGAAGAAGUUUGCAUGUAACUCAGAAUGCCAGGUUGCAUUCGAGGAGCUGAAGUUUCAUCUUAGUUCACCCCCUUUGCUAACAAAAGCUAUAGACGGAGAAAUACUUUAUUUGUACCUCGGUAUUUCUGAUGAAGCAAUUAGUUCAGUGUUGGUGAGAGAAGAGGGCAAACAACAGAAACCAGUUUAUUAUACCAGUAGCGUGCUACACAGAGUGAAGCUGAGAUACCCUAUCGUUGAGAAAGUAACAUCCUUUAGAAGCCAAAAUGCUCAGGAAGAAUGCACUCCAGCUCUUCCGAAUUCUAACUUCGAGUUAAGCAGCUGGAUCCUAUAUGUUGAUGGAGCCUCAAGUAACAAGGGCUUAGGAGCUGGUGCUUUCUUAGUUGGCCUAGAUGGAUAUCGAAGUGAGCAUGCUUUGAAAUUUAACUUCGAUGUGACUAAUAACAUGGCUAAGUACGAAGCUCUGCUACUUGGUUUGCAACUAGCAUUGGAGCUGAAAGUAAUGGCCAUACAAGUAUACAGUGACUCGCAGCUAGUGGUUAAUCAAGUCAACUCAGUCUGCGAGGUCAUUGAUUUUGUUAUGAUGAAGUAUGUAGCCUUGGUGGCUGAGCUGAAGUGCAAGUUCCAAAAAUUUUGUUUCAGCAAAAUUUCUCGAACUGAGAAUGAACAAGCAGAUUCGCUUUCUAAGUUCGCCUCUGAUAACUCCUUAAGCUCCAGAUCAAUUUUCGUUAAAGUUUUAGAUGAGCCGAACUUCAUGAAGCCGAGAAUGAUGGAGAUUAGUACAGACCUGAAUACAUCGAGCUGGAUAGAUCCAAUUAGAUGCCCAAAGUGCCAAUUCUUUGCACAUUUAACUCACCAACCGGCAGAAGAGCUCACCAACUUGGUGGCACCAUGGCCAUUUGCCCAAUGGGGACUUGAUCUUUUAGGCCCAUUCAUGAAGGGGGUCGGAGGUGUAACCCAUCUGAUCGUUGGUGUGGACUAUUUCAUGAAAUGGGUUGAAACUCGGCCAUUAUCCAGUCUUACUUAUAGAAAGGUCGAAGACUUUGUUUUCAGCUCAAUCAUCUGUAGAUAUGGAAUCCCGAAUCAGAUUGUGGUUGAUAAUGUAUACCAUCCGGAGUCCAAUGGUAUGGUCGAUUCUGUCAAUAAAGCUAUCAUCGAGGGGAUAAAGCUGAGGUUGGAGCAACACAAGGCCAGAUGGGCAGAUGAGCUCAACAACGUCCUCUGGGCAUAUAGAAACUAUGAGCGGAACUGCCACAUGUACUACUUCCAACCCAUGUAAAUUCCAUUCUCUUUUAUUUUCUCUUCUGCGGCUUUACCCUAGAUCAAAUAUGUACAACAUAUAAAGCGUAUUCUAAAAA